ACACGUAUUGAAUAUUAUAUUAUUUUAUGUAAUAAUGCGGCUUAUCGGGGGAUCCUUACGGAGCCCCUAAUUAGUGCCUAGUGCGUCUAUAAGUAUAUACGGGUCUGCCUCUUAUUCCUCCAGUUUUUAUUUCAGCAGAUGAUCCUAUUCUCAAGAUAUUCUCUGCGCAACAAAACCUAAAACCUAAGAGUAUAUAAAAAUCGUUCUACAUCGAAUAUAUUGUCUAUUAUAUAGGAUUAUGGAUUGUCGACUGGGAGCUCUCAGAUAAGGGUGAGGCGAGGGUUAUUUUUCAUUUGAGCAGUGGACAAUAACUGUGACUUUCCAGUAUCACUAUUCUAAGAUAUAGUGUAAAUUUCUGAAAGGAACCAGUCUUCAUUUUGAUUAAUUAUGAGUAAAACACCAGUUUCCAUUCUCCAAGAGAUGAUGGUGAAGCAAGGUAUGAUACCUGAUUAUGAGUUGAUACACGAUGGUGGGGGCCGUCAUGUGAACACUUUCACAUAUCGGGUUAUAUGCGAUGGCCUCACUGCAACUGGUACAGGUCGUUGUAAAAAGGAAGCUAAACAUGAAGCUGCUAAAGCUAUGUUAACGGAUAUUGUUAAUCAUAGAAACUAUCCACAAUUGCCAGCUGCCAAUACACCAGCAGUAUCUCCUUCAAGGUCACCAUUUCAUUCUAUUCCUCUUCCACCAAAAAUACCAGCAAAUGUACCUUUUGUCAAUGCUAUAGGUGAAUUACAGGAUCUAUGUGCUGAAAAUAACUUAUUGGAACCGGAAUAUGUUCUUACCAAGGAUUUUGGACCACCACAUGCUAGAAUCUUCACUAUUCAAUGUAAGGUAUCUAGUUUUAUAGAAGAAGGAGUAGCAUCCACAAAGAAGCAAGCAAAGCACGAAGCUGCAAGAAAAAUGGUAGAAAUAAUAAAAGAUCUUGUGAAUCAGGUAAAUGGCACAAAGGAUAAAGAAGAGUGUGCAAAGUGUGCAAAGUGUUUAAACUCAUCCAUAGCAACUGAUCAAACAGAAAUAAUGAAUAGAAAGGCGGAAGAAUGCUACCAUGCAUUAGCAAAAUCAAUGAGAAAAAUUAAUUUAGGUAUUAAGUGUUCUGAAUAUCACACUAAAUGGAGAGAUUCUUUGGAGAUGGAUAAACGCAAUAAAAUAUUAAAAGAAUUGCAUUAUAUACAUUUCAACGAAACUUAUGAUGAUAUAGAUCAAUUUAAUAAAAUAAUAGAAGAGAAGUUAUCUAGAUUAGAAAUCAUAUUAUCAGAGGUUAAUGUAACAGUGAAUAUAAAAGAUAUAAUGGCAGAAAAUAAUUAUUUCAUGAAAUCAAUAGAGCUCACGACUUGUCCCAUUCUCACACAGAUUGGUAUGGGAAAAACUAAUCUAGAAGCUUUUAAGAAUGCCUUAUCCCAGAUGGUAGAAACUCUACAGCUGCUUCUAUCAUAAAAUAUAUGAUUGAAAUAGAAUUAAUAAAUAUAAAAAUCAAAUUUCGUAUAAUAUUAAUAAAAUUAAUUAAAAUACUUUAAUAAAAGAUUUUUUUUCGAUCUUAUAUCAGUCUUAUAUUUUAUCAAAGAAAGAUUUGAGUUGAAUAUUUUUUUAUUUCAUGAUGACCUGAAAGCUUAAAAUGUGUUAAAACGUUAGAGAUGUGUAUUGUAUUUUAUUAUAUUAUAUAUUUCAAAAAACACAUUUUCUUUUAAUAUAGUUUUUUUUGUAUAGAAUAUAGUUUUACAGCUAUAUAAUAUUUUUAUAUAUAAAAUCUUACUAUUCAGAUUCGCGCGCGCGUGAUUUUUUGAUAUUAAUUCAUUAAAUGAUGCUUAAUGUAAGUGGUAUGUAGAUAUGUGUGAUAUAAAAUCAUUAAGUUUACUAAGAA